UUUUCUUUAGAAAUUGAAAUUACCAAUUUCUUUAAUUUUUUUAGGAGAAAUUGAGGAAUUAAAAAAGUUAAUAAAGGUCAAAAUUGAAAAAAAAAGUUGCAGAAAAAUGAGAAAUUUUGAAAAUAGAGAUUCAGCAUGCACCUCAUCAUGAAAAUAGUCCUCAUAAGUGUAAAAAAUAACACGAUGAAUUGUUUACGUUUACGUUACGUUUACGUUCAAAGUUCAAAGUUCCUUAUCAAGUUAUCACUUAUCAGUAACAACGAAUAACAGUAAAUUUUUUAAAAAAAUACUUCGAUCCCGUUUUUCUCGCAUCUCACAUCAUUUUGCAUUUGUUUUUAUGUUUUAAAGAAUUAUUUAUCGUUGCAUUUAUUAAUAUUCAAAAUAGAGAAUUUUACUUUGUGAGAAUUUGAAUAUUUGCAACUUCAUUUGUAUCAUUUAUAGCAAUAUGGCUCAUUAUUUUAGAGAAGAAGAUAUCGAUGAAUUUCGAGAAUGUUUCUAUCUGUACGCUCGUAGUGGACAAAUCCGAACUUUAGACGAGCUCACCGUCAUCAUGAGAUCAUUAGGCAUGAGUCCUACGAUUUUCGAACUAAAGAAAUACAUGAAAGAAAGAAAUGGUAAAAUAUCAUUCCCAGAAUUUCUGAAAAUUAUGCAUACUCAUAGUCAAGUUGAAAAAUUACCCAAAGAAGUGGUCGACGCGUUUAGAGCUUCGGAUACAGGAAAAAAUGGAUUAAUUACUGCUAAACACCUACGACAUAUGUUGCUUAAUUGGGGAGAACAAUUAAGUGGUAAAGAAGUCGAUCAGAUUUUCCGUGAAGCUAACGUUUCUCUCAAUGGUAUGGUCAAAUACGAAGAUUUUGUUAAAAUUGCCUGCGCUCCUGUUCCAGAUUAUUAUUAAUCGAUUCGUAUAAUUAUUUUGAUUUAUUUAUUUCUAUCCGUCCCAUUUUUUUUUCAUCCUUGUUGCGUAUAAAAUAUGCCAAAAUGUAUUUUAUUUUUUUUUCUACAUUAAUUUUACUUUUAGUAAUUUUGAUAAGUUAUUUAUUCAUUUUGUAUGUUAACUUUCUGUGGUGUGGUGAAAUAUUGUGAUAUAAUUUUUUUUUCUCAAUAAGGUAAUAUAUUUUUUUAUUGCUA